UUGACACUCAAUUCAGUGAAACAAUUUUACGGAAUUCUAUACGGAAAUAGUCCUAGGAAAGAACAUAGGCUACUUUUCAUUCCACUGCUGACUACGAGUCUCCGCCCACGACGGCAAGGCUGAAGGCAAAGAGUAAGAAGCCAACACUCACUAAUCAUUGACGCAACAACGCCAUUUUCGUAAGCACAACAAUUUUCGAUUUUGAUGAAAUAUCAAAUCGCUCAGUUCAAGAUACAUUUCGACUUCUAUGGUAAAAUCCAAAGAGUAAAGAAAAAAAUUGGGCUUAGUCUAUGACAAUGACUGAGCUGUCACGAGAAAUUGGCGAAAUUUGGUCAAGAUUAUUCGACCACCGUCCAUUUCUGAAUGGAGAGAUAAAGUAUAUGCUGAAAGAGUUUGAGGAAAAGAGAGGCGAUCGAGAAGUUGAAAACCUAUUUAAAAUCUUAGAAAAAAUUACUGAAAUCAAAGAUAAUGAAUCAGAACGUAUUAGAAAAAGUGGCCAUAAUGCAUUACCAGUACUGAGUGAAAAACUUGAACAGGCCUUGAAUUUAUGUGAAGAAUUGGAAAAAGAUUAUCUUGAAACACAAAAGGUUUGCCAGAAGCAAAUAAAAAGUAACCAAGAAUUGAGAAAAAGAGAAUGGGACAAGUUUAUUGAUGAUAUGAACUUUAAGUGCCAAAGGAUCGAUAACGCUUUUGAGGAAAAAGAAGAAGAAUUGAGAGAUCUGUAUGCUGACCUAAAACACAAAUUAAAUAUUGCUGACAUUUAAAUUAUGGAUCUUAAAGGUUCAUUAGUUGAUACAAAUGUUAGGAUUUAUCCAACAAAUGGCUUUUUGGAAUAUAUUAAAGAAAUCAAAGAUGACAAAGUACCAGAAAACAUAUUGAAAUUAAAAAAUGGAAGUGACUAUGAAACAAAAUGUGAUGUAAAAGAUUUUGAUUAUUUUGCUAAGACUGUGAACUUAACCAAUGAAGAUAUUGAACUACUAAGGACUAUAAAGAAAACAAUAUCAAGAGGUUCUGCUGUGAAAAUAAAUAAAACAGAAAUAGAGCCUGAGUUUGUUGAACAUGAUAAAAUAAAAACAAAUAAAACUAAAUCAAUUUCAAAAAACGUCACUGACAAUUAUGAGAAGCUCACAGAUAAAAAAGAAAGUAUUGAAAAUUCUAAAUCAAGUAAUAAUACAAUAGGUAAUGAUAGUGAAGCUGAUAAAAAUAAAGGAACAUAUUUAACAACUUCAGAUGUCUAUUGGUUAUAUCAGCAUCUUCAACAAAGGAGGAUUAAUGGGGAAACUGUUCCAUACCUACAUGAACUUUUAGAAGGAGCUACAAUUGAAAUGCCUGGAAAUAAAGUACUUAAGAGAAAUCCUGUUUUAGAAGCAAGAUGUGUGAAACUUAGAGCUCAGCAGGAAGCAAGAGAAUACAGAAAAAUGACUAAAGGAGUAGAUAAUGUUAGAAUGAGAUUUCCAGAAGACAGUAUUUCCUAUCAAUGUAAGUCUUUGACCAUGCUUUGUGAAUACUUUGAUUCUGUGCUUAUAGUUUAUACUAAUGAUAAUUUAAAACACUUUCAGUGAAACAGGUAAAUCGACAAUUGAUUGCUAUUGGACAGUUCAUUAUUUCAAUAUUUGCUGGAUUUCUCUUUGGGUUCAAAGGUGUUGAAUGGAUGAUUGGCAGUUUAGAUUUUGGAUUUCGCCUUCUUCUCGGUGUUAUGUGUGCAUUAGUAAUAGCACUAGCAGAAAUAUAUUUCUUAGCUAAAAAACUUAAUGAAGAACUGAAUAUACCUGAAACUGUUCAAUUAGGUGGACCUCCAAAGUUUGUGGAUGCAAAGAAAAAUGAAUAUUUAGUCAAAGAGCCAAAAAAAUCGACAGAUAAGGAACAUCAAGAGUAAUAGCACAAAUAAUAAUAAUGUUGUAGUACAGAAUUGGAAACAAAAAUACUUUACUUUCAGACUAGGAAUUAAUUUUUGUUGUUUAAUUAUUAAUCCAUAAAUAUGUAAAUGUAGCAACCUAAUCUUAUGUUCAUGUAUUGAAGCAAGUACAAUGUUAUUUAGUUUACUUUAGUUAUAUAGAUUAAGAGAAUAUAUUGUUUCUUGACACAUAUUGCCUUUUUGCAUUAAAAGUGUACAAUUUCCAAAAA